AUGUCUGCCGAAACUCAGCAAGUUCAAGCUCGGCUUCGCUACAGGGGUCACAGAUACAACUGUGACUUCCGCCCCGGCGACAACAGCGUCGCCUUGCUUGCUCGCCUGAACGCAAUCAGAGAUUUUCUUCGCGUCCAACCUGAAAUCCAGAAUGAGGUCUUCUCCGUACCCGACUUUGAGUUUGUCUGGCAUGCAGCUUUAAUUUCCGUCAAAGAUUAUCCCACCUCAAAUGGUGUGAUUAAUAUAGAGAGUCAAAGGAUCAAGGCACCUGCUUUUCCUGCCGGGAACUUUCGAUGGCACCGCUCCAACAUUCCACGCUACCAGUACUUCGCCGAAGUGUUUCUAUUCCUCCGACGUCGUUACUCUCUCAUCACAGUCCCUAACGUAGCAGAAGCACGACAGAUCCUCUCCCAACCAUGUGACCUUCACUGGAAAAUGUGUGAAUAUGCCGCUCAUCCUUGGUUCUGCUUGGUUUUGGGGCCACGCCUAGAUUUCUUCGCGCAGACUGGUACCUUUCAGCGCCGUUUGCAGCGACCUUUUGCUUAUCAGGCGUUAGGCCACACCUUUUGCAGUGUUACUGGUCAGCCCAUGUAUUUGGCAUGGGAACUGGACACAAAAGUUGACCAGUCACGACCUUACUGCAUUGCUGUAGAGCUUGGGCGUGCCUCCACGGACGAAUCCGUGGAUGGUGGGGGAGUUCAACGUACUGCGGAGGUGCUCCGAGACGAUCGCUUUUCAUUUCCGAGGAUCUUUUGGGCGCCCGAGCUUUUUGCCAAAAACUAUGGCCUCAAGCCACAGAAUUACGACAUUGACAUUGCCAAAUUUGGCAUUGGUGAGGCGGUCCUAGCAACAGCAGCUGCUACCACCGCUUCAGAACCGACAUUCUAUUCCACAGAUGUACAACCAGCCGCAAAUUCCACUGCUCGCUCUCGGCGCCUGGCAGAAUCUGCUCAAAAGUGGCCUUCAGCUAUUCCAGCUUCCAUACUCCUGGCGCAUGCAAAGGAAUACCAUGAGCAGUUUCAUCAGUGUUUACAACCACCCCGCCUCUGCGGCAUCUGCGCGUGCCCAAUCUGGGACAUGACCUUCGAACUACUGGACUUCCGCGCCCCACCAUGCGACCUUGCUCAGCUGCAUCCCCUACUUUCUGGAACUCUUUUCCUCAAAGAAUUUGCCAACUAUGCCACUCUCGAUGUACCACCAGCUUUCCGUGGCCUAACACCCCAACGACUACAAGAAUUCUUCGUACCUGACGUUUGGCUCCUGCACCUUGCGCCAGAUGCUCAAGAAACAUGGAAAAUCGCAACAUUCGAUCCAACUGCCUCAUUGCAGUGCCUGGCAUGUGUCCCGUGUGCUCGGUCUUUCCGCAAAGCGUCGCCUACCUUGCCUCCAUCUGCAUUGGCCAACAACAAUCUCUGUCUACCAGCACCAGAGGAACUCCAGUCAUUGUCCUUUGGGGAACAACUUUUCAUUGCACGAGGGUUUGCUGUCCGUCGGCUCCGCACAUUGACUCCUUCUGGUGACCCAGAAGCACGCCAACAAGGCAUGCUUGGCACUACCAGUGCCAUCGCAUUCCCGCAGAAUGCCGCUACAAUUUUUUCACAACUUCCAGUCUCUGCAGCGCAGGUCUCUGACUACCUGAGUGUCUUCUUCACAGAUGCAUUGCAAAGCAACUUGCAUUUCUCCAAGGAGUUCGUCGUGAGACGCAGCGCAGUCCAUCGCGCUCUGCUCUGGCUCACGCAACACAACCCUUACUAUGCUGACAUCACCAUUGACAUGUCAUCCUUGCAAGACCUUCCUGCUAACGGUGUGCCACCAGCCUGGGCUGCUCUUGCUCAAGUCAGCCAAGAAUCUUUGACCAGGGAAUUUGGUCCAGUUGACGCAUCUACUGCUGGUGGAACAGAUUCCGCAAUUCAUGCUGCUGUUCUUGACCCUGGCGUCGACCACACAGACCCUUUGCAACUUUGGAAUACUGCUCUGCUAGCUUGCGAGCGCUACGAGCGUCAUGCCACCUCCAAUGCUGUUUCUGCCGCUGCUGAUGUUCACGUAGUACAAUACGCUCUUCGAUCCCUAGCCUCCAGCAGCAACCAUCGCUCUUUCGAACAGGAUCUCAUCCAUCAGACCCGGCCCGCCCAAAGCAAAGAAAAGCUCUAUGUCGUUGUCCCCCAUGCCGACGAACCGCUUAACAGUUACGACCCUUUCUUCUGGACGGCAUGUUUCCCACUGCAAUUCCCAUACGGAGAUGGUAUUGAUGGCCAACCACGUCGAACAUAUCUCUCUGAUCAUGACUGGGGAAAACUUUUGCUCCUACGACGUGAUCGGCCCCUUCAGCUUCAUCCGAGAAAAGAUUUGGAUUUCAUUUCUGUUCUCUUUUCUGUGCUGCAUAGACGCCGUCUCCUUCGCGCAGUUCGCAUACGAGUCCAAGCCCCACAUUUCCGAGAGCAACUCCCUUCCUUUGCCAACCUUCAAGCUACUGACUGGACGCAAGUAGCAAGCACUGUCGGAGAGCAUGGCUCCAUCCCUGAUGCAUUGCGCUCUCAUGACAUUCCAAAUGCCAUGAAAGCCAUCCUUCGCUGCUUGCAAGCAGUGCAAGGACAAAUUCCCUGCACGGAUGCAGCUCGACGCAUGAUGCGUGGUGAACUGACUUCUCUCAUCACUUAUUUUGGUUGUCCUUCACUAUUUGUUACGUUCAAUCCUGCUGACGUCUUGCAUCCCUUUACCUGGCGACGUGGUUUGACAACACCUCCCACACCAUUACCACAGGUGCAACUUGAUCAGCAUCUUUUGUGUGCCCUCCGUGACGCCAAUCUGUGGCGAAUGGUCGCGCUUGAUCCGACGGCAGCAGUCGAAGCUUUCCAUCUACAUGUCAACACUUUCCUCUCCACGUUAUUGAAAGUGGUUCCAUCCGCCCAGCAGCUUCCAACAGAUGGUAUUGCUUCCAUUGACGGGCAAGGCAUCUUCGGUCCACUUAGCGACCCCCAUGUCUUAGUGCAAAACUUUGCUGCGCAACUCCCUCUUCUAGAAGAGCGACUUUGGGCAUGGAUCAACUCCAUCGUCGUCACAUCCUUCGAAGCCAUCCCCCCUAUGUUUGACUUGCCACGCUCAACGUUGGAAAACUUACGGCCCUUGCCAUAUUCCGAUGCACAGAUGAAGCUCAUGCAUCCACACUACCGGCCACACCUCGUCGCUGCCAGCGAUCAUUGGUUUGCGGCUGACCCCAACAAUUUCCUGUAUGCCCAUGAUUUCAUCGACUGCCCAUUCGCUCUCGACAUGCCUGUGCAAAAGCCUUUUGUUCCUUGGUGCUUGGACUACCUUGCAACCACAAUCGCCCCACUGCACACAGACACUGCAUCCAUGCUCCUCUACGAUCUACGUGCUUCUGUGCUUUACAGUGGUCUUCUUCACUGCUGCCAACCAAAGACGUGUUACAAGGGCAAAAUUGGAAAGAGCAUGGACCACAAAGCUCGAGCACGCUCAACCCUGUCCAAAUUGCUGAUGUCCUGCCAACGGCGUAUACACAAGUCAGUCCAAGAAAUGAUUUCUUACCUGUUGGGCUACCCAGAGGCUUAUUCUACACAUUCCUUCCACAAACUCUACUUCUACCAUCUGGCUGCUCGACUCGAGAGCUCCGAACCGUUUGAUGGCUCACACCUCGCUUCCGUCGAAGCCGCAACGCCAUCUUCAGUUCUCAUCUUCCCUGAAGAAAGCAUUCAAGCUUGCUCUGACACCAACAACCACUUCAGACAGCCUCAGUUCUAUACUCCCUCCAGUGAUGAUUAUCCUUUUCGCGGCGACGAUCUACAAGGUUGGCCCCUCUACUUCUACGCAGCUGGUGUCACACGCAUUCCGACAUCCAAAACAACAUUCAAAACUCCCGGAAACAUUCCCUUCCUACCGCAGCAUCCACGCGCAACUUCGCUUCGACAGCAAGUCUUGACAGCAACUGCCUGGAAAAUACCACAUUUGAUGGGACCGCGAAUUCCACCGGUUACAGAAGAUGCCAACAAACGCGGUCUCUUACUUUUGCUUCUGUUCAAGCCUUGGGUUGAUCUCCACCAAUUGCUUCCCAGCUCUGUCGGCUGCGCCAGCUGGUCCGAAGCCUUUGACACUUGGUUUGCUGGUCUCCUUGCUUCACUACCAUCACCUUCUACACGUGCUUCCCCCUUGAGUGCUGAAUAUUGGGCACAACGUACACUGCAUAUCAUCAACCACAUCGACAACAUGGGGCUCUCUGACCCCACAACUGCUGAUCGCGAACUCCUUUGCAAUCCUGAUGAAUUGCACGGCGUCCCCGACACCACAACCGUGGAACAUGGUCCACCUCCUGGGCAACUUGAUUCCGACUCUGACGUCAGCUGCGAUCAAACCUACGACAUAGACUACGGCGACCUGGAUCCACACGAUUUUCCCGAUGAGCCUCCUUUCCCAAAAACAGAAACAACUGUUUUCGAUCGCAUCACCGCAUGGAUCCAAGACGGCCGAUGCUCCAACUCCGUUGGCGCCAUCAACUUGAAACAAGCCGCCUACUUGCUCUUGGUUGGAACUGGCAAAACUUUCAUCACCAACUGCGCCGCCGACCUCUUGCACUUCUUUCUGCCUUCUUCCACCCUGCAGGCUGCUUUCACUCAUCGGGCCGCACGUCUAGUCGCAGGACAAACUCUGCACGCCGCUUUGGCCUUACCUUUUGAUUUCAGCACUGCUUCGGCAUCAGCAAUUUCUUCCCUUGGUUCCCAGAAAGAUGCAUUGAUUCGCCUCUGGCACAAAGUCACAACAUUUUUCAUCGACGAGGUGUCCAUGAUCUCCAACGAAAUCCUAGCAUUCAUCGAUCUGCGCUGUCGCCAAAUAUUCAAUUUACAUACUACUCCAUGGGGAGGUCUUGCUCUGCGAUUAGAUGGUGACUUUCACCAACUUCCUCCAAUCGGUGCUUCCUGCCUGAUCAACCCACCACGUGCCACUCAACCAGACGCAUCAACACCAACCUCAGCCUCUUCGCCCUCCUUGAUGCACGCUGCCGCAGGCGCAGCCCUUUGGCGAUCUAUUUCCGCAGUCCUGAUACUCGAGGAAAGCCAUCGCUGCAGAGGUCCACUGCAACAACUUCUACAGGAUUUACUUUCCGAUCAAGGCAUCUCCCACGAGUCCUGCCAACAUUUACACCAUCGACUCCUUCAAACUGCAGAUGCUCGCAUGUUCCAACCCAAAUUCCACCCCAGCACCUGCACAGUCGGUGUCAUGCGGCAUACAAUCCGUGUUUGCAAGACCAUGCAAAGAGCCCAGCAAGCCGCUCAAUCCGCCGGGCACCGGCUUGUCUUGGCUGUCGCUGCAGAUCGCAGCUCUUUCGGGAACCGCAACGUGACACUGGAUCCGACACUGGCACAGGAGGCAGCCGCAGUACACACUCUAUCUGCAACUGCAAAUCUACCUGGUUUUCUUGCAUUAUAUCCUGGUGUUCAACUUUGCCUUGAGACCAAACUCUGUCCAGAACUCGGCGUCGUUCGUGGCUGCACUGUCAUCAUCGACGACAUCGUAUUGGCAGACAUUGAGCCGUCGUUUCCUCGCGACCCGACAUUGCCUCCACAUCCUUUAUUGUAUUUGCCACAAGCAUUGCUCCUGCGCGAUGACUACUGGAUCGCUUGCUUCGUUUUGCUCAGCCGGGUCCAAAACAUAGACGACGUCCUUCUCCUGCGUCUCCCUGACUUUACUGCUCUGAACAAGCCCAGGCCAGAACAUUUACGUUCUGCUUACAACAUGUUCCGCACAAAGGAACAUACGACUCUUCAGCAGCUCGACAAUAUCCUGCGAGGAUACAAUCUGCAGUAUCUACGUGAUACGGUCACUCUCCCGCUGCUAGCUUCCCAUCAACCUGCUCGACCAGCACCAAAGCUUGUGCGUCGAGCCCGACGUUGA